UUUGUGCUUCUGGCAAACAAAAAAAUAAAAGAGAAACAAAAAAAUUGCCGUUUUGUCGCUUUAUAAAAUUAUAACAGUGGAAAAAAAAAAAAAACUUUGUGACGUUUAUUUCCUUUCUCUGCAUUCAUCUUCUCAAAUCUUUUGCUUACUCAUCAAAAUCGAUGACGAAUCACAGAUUACAUUAGGGUUUUCGCUUGCACCAGAUUCGUGUGGUGACCUUCACGCGACGUAGAAUCCGCCACUGCUUCUUCUUUUCUCUCUCUGCUGCGUUACUGUUCACGAGAGAGAUAGUGAUUGUAGAGAGGUUUUAGAGAGAGAGAGAGAGAGAUAUGGAGACGGAUACGGAUACAGAUGAAGAAAUGGAGAUGGAGGAGAUAAUGGUGUUCGAAGUGAGUGAAAUCGAUUUGGAGUAUGAGUUUGAUGCUGCUCAGUGGUACGAUUUCACUCGGGAGGAAUCUUCUUUGGAGUCUCGGCAAGCCGAACUCUGGUUCGAGUCCGCUCCGUCGUAUCCACCAUCUCCUUUUGCAAUCAAAUUGUUAUUAAUGAGAGAGGAGUUAUCUGAUGAAAAGAUGGAGCAUUCGUCAAAAUCAGAAGAUGGAGAUGUUACACUUAAAGCAGAUGUCCCAGAGAGCGACAGUGAAAUCAGACAGCAACAAGAUUUGAAUGAAACAGGAAAUGAAAUGAAGUCUGGUGUUUUUAAUUUCAUUCAAGGUGAUGAUUUGAAGAAAGUUCCAAAUCAGUCCUUACAUAAAGGACCAACAUUUAGCAAUCGCAUACAGACUGAUAAACCAAAAUGCCGACCAAAGACAAUAUCAAGAAGCUCAACAUUGAUGAAACCUACUGUUAGUCAAUUAGCAAAACAAGAUAACGCCAGAAUCCGUAUGCCAAUGGAUCAAACUAAGGAGAAAGGCUUGUGUCGUUCUGAAAUUCAAGCUUCUAAGAGACAGAAGCUUGAUGGAGGUUUACUUCAUAAGGUUGCUGAAACGACUCAGGAGAUGGAUUUUGUCCACAAGGCACUCAAGAAGGAGGGAAACUUACAAUUUGGGAGGACGAAGAUUACUAUCCCACAUGAGCCUGAUUUUGCAACAUCACAUAGAGCAAACAGGAUACGGCACACUACAUUAGAGCAGGACUCAGCAUCAGUAUACAGAUUCAAAGCACGCCCCUUCAACCCAAAAAUCUUUGAGGCUCCAUCGUUGCCCAUACGGAAGAAGAGCACUCCUAAACUACCAGAGUUUCAAGAAUUUCACUUGAAGACUUCAGAAAGAGCUAUGCAACAUUCAUCAUCAGCAUCAUCAGGGAAUAAAUAUCAUAAGGAGUCAGAUAAGCCUGAUACGACAGCUUUUCUUGACGGUGUUAACAGGGAACCAAGAAGACCAAGAGCUGUCGAUAUACCUAAGGAGGAUGAUAAAAAGCACAUUUUCAAAGCUCAUCCUCAUGAGAAUAAGAUGCUCUCAAGCAGACGUGACAAUGGCAUUUUCAGAAGAAGCAAGCGAGAAACUAGAGUUCCCUUGGAGUUCGGUUUUCGCUCCGACAAGAGAACUCAACCAGAUUUACCGACAGAUCUUUUCAGUAAGCUCUCAAUAAAAUCCGAGCUCCAGCCAAACAAUGGAUCUCGCUUAAGAUUUCCUCAGCCUGAACAAGUCUCGAAGGAAAAUAGACUCAACUCCUUUCAAGCAGGGAAUGAAAGAACAAGCAGGGUGAUGGGAAAACCAACGGUACAACGUGGUAUGUGGACCAAUAGGAGGAGCAUAGGCGUUCGCAGACAGUAGAAAAGAACAGCGUUUUCAAUCCCAUCAUAUGAAUCAGUUCUUUUAUUUUUUUUUGUAAAUCAAUCAAGACUUCUACUCAAAGUGAAGGGUAGCUAAAAUAUGUAUAAUUGGUCGGCUAAUUUUUUUUGGCAAAAAGGAAAUGUAUAUUGGUGGAUUAUAUACACAGAGAUCAUAAUGGUUUUAAAGAUUUUCUUCUGGGUUUUUG